ACAAAUGCAUCAAAUCAUGACCUUAUGGCUUAAAACCACAGCUGGACUCCUGGACCUGCACGGUUCUGUGGGUCUGUUGGACUGGGACAUGGAUAAAGAGCUGAAACUGGCAACAACCACUGACCAGUUUUAUCAUGUUUGUUCUGUGACAGAUGAGAAACUGAGCGAUCAGUACGUGACUCAAAGACCUGCGAGGAUCUCAACAGGAGAAGAUGAAAUCUAUGAUAAAGCAUCAGAUACUUUUGUCAAACCAAGCCUGUGGCUGAUGGUCAAUCCUAACAUCGUCUGUCCGCUCCAGUACAAACAGAACGUUGAGCUCCGGCCUGAACCUGUUCAGGAAGUCCAAACCCCUCAGCUGGAGCCUGCAGAGAUGCAUCCACUUACAGCAUGUCCUCACAUGCUGCCCUCUCAGGAGAACCUGCUGCACUGUGUUCCUUCCUCAGCUGGUUACAAUCCGGGGAAGAAUCCAGACGUCUCCAGUCGACCAGUGAGGAACAGACGCAGGAGCAGGAUGAUAAAAGCCAUGGACUACAAGACCUUGGAGCCAGGCUGCUGGCCUCGACCUCCAGUCAAUUAUUUCAUCCUCAUCGCUUUGGCACUGAAGAGCAGCCAGACUGGGAGCCUAAAAGUCCAGCAGAUUUACAACUUUACCAGAGAACAUUUUCCCUUCUUCCAGACGGCUCCAGAUGGAUGGAAGAACACCAUCAGACACAAUUUGUGCUUCAACAGCAGUUUUCGUAAGACCUGCAACCAGCUGUGCAGAGACGGGAAGAGGAAAUCGUGUUUCUGGCACCUGACUCUGGACGGCCACCGGCGGCUGCAGGACGAGCUCCACAUGCUGACAGGAGAAACCUUAAAGCUGCUGGAGAGGAGCAUGUCAAGCCCAGAUUUACUUGAACAGUGAAGACUGUUUAAUAAAAAUUAAGCAAAUGUUCUUUAAAGGUGUUUUUCUUGUAUUUUACUUUUUCUGAGAAAGCAAGCUUUGGGGUUGAGUUAAAGAAAAUAUGUAUUAAGGAACUUGCACAUGAUUGAACAUGUUUAAAGUAAAGUCUAAUUUUGACCCUAAAAA